AUAUAAAGAAUAGAUCUUGUACAUAAUUCAAUUUGAGCACGACUACGCGUAGUAGCAAGCAUCACAAAGCAUCCGCUAAGAAGUUCUCUCUUCGAGAGAAGGCGUGGAUCGCUCGUCUCUCUCCGAGAUUGCUCGGACGGCAACGAUAAAAAACGCGAACCGGUAUAUCAAAUACUCGAAUCGUUGAUCGUGUAUAUAUUAGAUACAUAUAUAUAUAUUACGUGUGUGUAUGCAUGCGCGCGCAACAACGAGCGCGAGACGCUACUGAAAUUACAUUGAAAUUAUGAAAACGCAUUAAUGCAGCGAUAAUGAUUCGAUAACGCAUUAAAUCGACCGUUGCAAUUGCGGACAAUGGGCAGUGUCGGCGCAUCCACGAUCAUCACGCACAUCUGAGAAUUCAUCAUCAACCGCAGGAAUAAUGUUGAGCAGUAUAACAAAACACAUUUUACACUGCUGUCUGCUGCUCAUAGUCAUAUUGAUAUUUGAAUUUGUAUCCGGUGGACUUCGAUGGAACGCAGAUCAAAAAGAAGAAAUUGACCCAUGGACACGAUAUGGCAUUAUUGGUGCAAUUACUUUGUACCUGUUGCGUACAGUGACUUUUCUUUCUUUGCCUCAAGUAUUAUUCAAUUUUAUAGGAUUAACAAUAUACAAUGCAUUCCCUGAUAAAGUAAUCUUGAAAGGUUCACCUCUGCUUGCACCUUUUAUUUGUAUAAGAAUAGUGACUCGCGGGGAUUAUCCACAAUUAGUAAAAACAAAUGUGAAGAGAAACUUAGAUAAAUGUAUAGAAGCUGGUCUCGAGAAUUUUCAAAUAGAGGUAGUGAGUGAUAAACCAGUAGGCUUAACACCGCAUCGUAGGGUACGAGAAGUUGUUGUUCCUCCAAAUUAUCGCACAAGUAGUGGUGCCUUAUUCAAGGCUCGUGCUUUGCAAUACUGCCUCGAGAAUUCAGUAAAUGAAUUAGCUGAUCAUGACUGGAUUGUCCAUCUUGAUGAAGAAACUUUGAUGACUGAAAAUUCCGUUCGUGGUAUAUUGAACUUUGUAUUGGAUGGCAAACAUCAGUUUGGCCAAGGAUUAAUCACAUAUGCAAAUGAAGAUGUUGUUAACUGGAUUACGACAUUAGCUGAUAGUUUCAGAGUAGCAGAUGAUAUGGGAAAAUUAAGAUUACAAUUUACUCUGUUCCACAAGCCAUUUUUUAGUAUGAAAGGAUCCUAUGUUGUCACACAGAUGGGAGCAGAAAAGCAGGUUUCGUUUAAUAAUGGAUUAGAUGGAUCUGUUGCCGAGGAUUGUUUCUUUGCGAUGAAAGCAUUUUCCCAAGGAUAUACAUUCAAUUUUAUAGAAGGCGAAAUGUGGGAGAAAUCGCCAUUCACUCUAUGGGAUUUUGUACAGCAAAGAAAAAGAUGGCUGCAAGGUAUAUUACUUGUCGUGCAUUCCAAAGCAAUUCCAUUGAGAAAAAAAUUAUUGCUGGGUAUAUCAUGUUACUCAUGGGUGACAAUGCCUCUUUCUACUUCAAAUAUUAUCUUAGCCGGAUUGUGUCCCAUUAACUGUCCGCCAUUGAUCGAUUUUCUAUGCGCUUUUAUCGGCGCGGUAAAUAUUUAUAUGUAUGUGUUCGGAGUAGUUAAAUCGUUUUCCUUGUAUCGUUUCGGUGUGGCCCGAUUUAUGCUUUGUAUAUGCGGCGCAUUGUGCACCAUUCCGUUCAAUAUAAUCAUUGAGAAUCUCGCUGUCAUAUGGGGCUUAUUCGGUAAGAAACACAAGUUCUAUGUCGUUAACAAAGAAUACAGACCACCAGUGACUGUAUGAUGUGUCAUCAGUUUAGAGCUCUUAUCUAACUGGUGCAUAUUUAGCAGCAGUAUAAAGUUUCCAUUGUGCAUGCGCAUAAUUAGUACCUGUAAAUUUAUGUAGGAAAACACAUCAUUGUCAUAAAAUAUUUAUAACUAGUAUUACAUAUAGGAAUUACAAAGUUUCUAAGAUAAAUGGAAUAAAUUUUAUGCAAAGUAUAAAAGGUAUGAAGUAAUACAUAGCAAUAGAUACAUAUAGGUCCAGUAUUAAGAACAUAUUCUACGUUGGCAUUAAAGUAUUACAGUAAAUCUCUAUUAAAAAAGUAUUCGUCACUUAUCAAAUAUUUAUUCCAAUAUCUUGUUCUCAUAGUACAAGUCAUAUAUGUCAUGUGUACUUUGAUCUCAUGUAAUAUGUUUAGCAUUCAUUAAGUUAUAAAUUAUUUUACAUAUGUUCCUCUUCAUAUUUACACAUAUGUUUACAUAUUUUAAUGUAAUUUUUAAUAUCAUCAAUUCUUGUCAUGUUCAGAAAUAUCUCAUUUUUGCCAUAUUUCAAAUUUUUUUCCUUGAUAUUGCUUCAUGAAGUGUUAUGCAUAUUAAUAAGAAUUUCAUAUUGACAAUUUCUGAAGAUAUUUAGAGAUUAUUUUACUUAAUAGCAAUAAGUCAUAUACAUCAUUAUAAUUCGGGAAACUGUGAUAAAUCUUGUUUCGCCUAUAACUUUUUUAUAUUUCAGAAAAAUAUACAGAAUUUUAUUAAACAUGCGCAAAAAAGCAAAUUUAAAGAAUGAUGUAAUAAGAGUCAUAAAAUAUUUCAUUUUCUUGAUAUUUUUGGGAUAUUUAAUGGUUUUAUAAAAUGUUUUUGAUUUUAUACAUUUUAUAAUUUUAUGGAUUUUAAUUAAUGACAAAACAUAAUAUUAGUAUACUAAUUAUAUUGAUUAUAAUUCUAAUAUGAUUAGUGUGUGUGUGUAUACAGUACUUAAGAUUAUCUUAAUUGUUUAUUAGAAGAGCUGAACAGAGAUAUAAAAAUAUGUAUUUACGUUUUUUUUUUCCUUUUUCUGAUAAAAUUUUCUAACAAAAUUAAAAAAAUCAGAUAUAUAUCUUCUAAAAUAAAUUUAAUUAAUAUUUUAAAUAUGAUAUUAUUAUAUUUCUAUAUGAACAAAUUAUGAUUAUAUGGGAAAAAGUUAAAGAAAUUAGAAAAGAGAAUAGAAAAAAUAUAAAUAUAAAAGAAGGCUAACUAAAAGAAGGAAAUUUUAACUUUAAAACUGUUAAAUUUCUCUUUAUAUAUAUGACUACUUAACUUAAACUGUAUCUUUCAUUAGUAGUUUUUGCGCGACAUAUCUUUGAAAAAAUGAAGUUGAUAUUAGAAAUUUUCAAAUAAUGUGAUUUUGUUAUGUAAAUAUUUUAUUUAUUAAAUUACAAAAAAAAUUAUUCAUGGAAAAACAUUUUUAAAUUAUCAUUUUAAAUUAUACAUUUCUAUAAAACAUCUAUAUCAAUAUUUUUCGAUUUUAACAUUUACAAAAAAUAGUAUAUAUAUUAAAUAAAUUUUAAAACGCUGUUUAAUUUAAUAAUCAAGUUAGGGCUUCCCACAUAUACAUAAUAUAUAAAGCAUUAAAUUUUAUAACAUAAACUGUAUAAUGUUUUUAUAGAAGUUUGAAAGUUUUAUCUUUUAUGAUUUAUGACAAAUGAUGAUAUGGACUUAGGAAUAAAAAAGCAAUAUAUUUAUAGCAAGACUUAUUAUAUCUAGUCAAGAAGAUAUAAAAAUUAUUAAAAAGCACGAAAAUUUCCAUUAUAAAUAUGCAUGCAUAAAUAAAUAAUAUAAAUUUACUAUUACACUGUGUUAGUGCAAUAUGGAAUAUAAUUACUAAAUAUUUUACUUCAAUAAAAAAUUAUAAUUCUAAAGAGAUUUAGAAUAUUUUAAAAAAUUACAAUUUUUGGCUAUUGCAAAAAUCUUUUAUUUUUCUAUAAUCUAAUUUUAUUAAAAUUUCUUUUACAUAGAGUACCGAUAUAUAGAUGAAUUGUGUGGGCUCUUAAAUUUCUAAUUUUAGCACUAACACAGAGAGGAAUUAAUAUUAUAAUAAUAUAUUACAGAUAUCACAAUAAUUUUAUAAUUUCAUAUUAUACUUUCCAUAUAAUUAUGUUUUGCUACAAUUAUGAAUUGCUAUAAGAUUGUAAUUAUACAAUCAUUUCAUAUUGAUUGUAGCGGUUAUAAUCUUAUAAUUGCAUAAUUUUAUUGCAUGAUAUUAUUAUAUAAUCAUGAAUCGAGUGUAUUACAUCUCUUAUAUACGUUGGAAAAUAUUUAAACUAAUUACAUUUUUUAAGUAUUAUUUUAUCAUGUCACAUCAAAAAUAAACAAGCACAAUUAUAACUAGUCUUAUAUCUUAGCCAUUUUAUUCAUCAUUCAAGCAGCAAUGCUAGUAUAAAUCGAAUAUAAAGAUUAUAAAUGCACAGAAAUGUAAUUUAUAUUAUUUUGAUAAAUAAAUGUGAAACCAGAAAUUCUCAAAUUUUUUAUUUUAAAUCUAUUUUUAUAUUGAUAUUUUUUGCUUUUUCACAUAAUUUUCAAGAAAUUAUGAUAUAGAUGAAUAUAAAAAAAUUUACAAUAUAAAACUGCGUAUCUUGGAGUAAGAUAAAGUUUUUUUAAGAGUAAGUUUUUUAUUUGCAUCUUAUUUGAUAGAAAUUUGUCUAUUAUAUGUAUGUAAUAAUUACACAACUUUGGGAACUUCUGGAUUAAUUAAAUAUGAAUUGAAUUAGAUAAGAUAAUACAGUUUUCCUUUUAUAUAUCACGAAAGAGAUAAUGGAAAAUAACUUAUUGUUAACAUAACUAUUUUUAUUCAAUUAUCUUUUUAGUAUUAUAUGUCAUAUAGUCAUCAAAUUGAAUGUUUUAUUCGAAAUAAUUUUAUUUUCAUCAUUUGUCUCAUGCAUGUACUAAUUAAUUUUACGUUUUUCUUUAAACCAGUGAUUAAAUAUAUUUUAUAUAUACACAAAACUUUUUGUCAUAUAGCACAUUAUAUUAAGCGAAGAAAUUGAUAGUAGUAACUAAAUCACAAUUAUUGUAAAAUUCUGGAUUGUUAUGACAAAUGCAGCUGUUGUAUUAAAUUUAGGAGAAACAUUAAAAAAAAAUAAAUAAAAAGAAAAUUGAAAGCAGAUUACUUUGUAAUAAA